AUGGUGAAACGCUCGAGUACGGAGGAUAACUUAGAAAGGAUCGCCAACAAGGCAUCUGAAACUCGGAAACCCUUAUCAACCGACUUUUACAAUUCCAGUUUGACGAAUCUGCCCACAAACAGUGAGGCCUCAAGAACACCUGAGGAACUUCUGGAUGAGAAGGCCCCGGUACCGGAGAGUGUGGCAAGCCGUGUUCGCCGGAGAACUAGGGUGACGAAAAAGCCGGUGGCACACGGAACGUUCGAUGCCUUGGAUGACAAACUGAUAGAGGGCAUUUUCAAUAAGCUCAAUACAGUUUAUCAUGACCGGAUGGAGCGAAACAAGAGAAAGGGGACGGUUUUCAAAUCAAGCUUUGCUGAUUUAAGUGCUGAUCCCGUGCGCUACACCAUUCUAGACUCGCCUUCAGUGAUAAACUCCCAGUUCUACGGGUUCUUCAUUUUGUUUUGGCUAGCAAUUGCAUUUUUCAUAUUGAAGGAUGCUCUUCAUGCUGUUUUUGAGGAUGGCCUCUUCAUUUACAAAGCCCCAGUGUUCCAGAUAUUUGUUGCCGGACUCCCAAAGAUAGCAAUAACCGACGGUCUCAUGUACUUGACCACUUACUUUUCUUACCUCGUUCAAAAUCUUUGCCUCAAUGGCCACUUGAGCUGGUCUCGCAGCGGCUGGAUCAUUCAGUCGAUCUAUGAGCUGAUCUUUUUCUGUUUUUGGGUCAGUUACCUAUUGUUUUUCGACUUCCAAUGGAUUGGUAGGGUGUUUUUGGUGCUUCACAUGUUCGUGCUAUUGAUGAAAGUUCACUCAUAUGCUUUUUACAAUGGGUAUUUAUGGAGAAUCUUGCUAGAGUUGAAGUUUUCUGAAGCAUAUUUGGAGAAGUUGAAUGCUAAAGCAGCCAAGCUCCCGUCUCAAUUCGAGGAAAAGCAUAUUAGAGUCGUGCUUAACGAGAGCGUCGCCUUCUGCCGUUUUGAACUUCUCCAUCAAUCUGUUGCGAUCACCAACGAGGAUGAAGUUGACCCACAGACGUUAGCAAGAAGCCUCGAAAGUUUGCAGGACGACAAACUGGUAAAGUUCCCUCAAAACAUUACCUUCAAAAAUUUCUUCACUUUUACAAUGUUUCCAACUGUUGUCUACGAACUAGUGUUUCCACGUACAGAGAGAAUCCGGAAAUCUUUCUUGUUUGAGAAGAUCACAGCAAUCUUCGGUAUCAUCUCAAUCAUGCUUUUUGUGGCUGAAUACUCAAUUUACCCCUUGUUCUUGCUUGAUCGCCAGGUAGCAUACAUUUUGUUACUCGUGGAUAUGAUUCCGCCUUUCAUGGUUGAAUACCUCCUUGUAUUCUACUUGAUUUGGGAUGCUAUCUUGAAUGCUAUAGGUGAGUUGAGCUAUUUUGCUGACAGGGAUUUCUAUGGGCCCUGGUGGUCCUGUGUUGACUGGUUUGAGUACGCCAGGCUCUGGAAUAAGCCUGUUCAUCGGUUCUUACUCAGACAUGUCUACCACUCUUCCAUCAGUGCUUUUCGACUCAACAAGGCCCACGCAAACCUAGUGACCUUCAUUAUCUCCAGCUUUAUUCAUGAGUUGGUCAUGUACUCCAUCUUUGGUCGCCUCAGAGGUUACUUGUGGUUAUACAGCAUGUCCAGGCCUGAAGAGAUCGCCCCACCAGAGGUGUUCUAUAAUGAUUCCGAGUCAUUUAAAUACACGUCAUCCACUCGUGUGCAGCAUAUCCAGGCGAAGAUGACCCUUAGAGCUCUUGAACUACUCAACCUUGAUUCAGACUACCCUCACUUCAUCCUAGAUUUGGGAUGUGGGUCUGGUCUUUCAGGAGAAAUUUUAACAGAAGAAGGCUACAACUGGAUUGGUAUGGAUAUUGCCCCUAGCAUGUUGGCCUCAGCGCUAGAUAGAGAUGUUGAAGGCGACCUAUUCUUGGCUGAUUUAGGUAAUGGUAUCCCUUUCAGAGCAGGUACUUUUGAUGCUGUGAUAUCCAUUUCUGUCAUUCAGUGGCUCUGUAACGCUGAUACAGCUGGUGUUGAUCCUAAGAAGAGACUUUUACGGUUCUUCAAUACAUUAUUUGCAUCUAUGGUUCGCGGUGGAAAGUUUGUCGCCCAGUUUUACCCUAUGAACGACACACAGACGCAGAACAUCCUAGAAGCUGCUAAAGUCGCUGGUUUUGCUGGUGGAUUGGUGAUAGACGAUCCAGAGAGCAAGAGAAACAAGAAGUAUUACCUUGUUCUUUCUGCCGGUCAGUCUGAGAGAACACUCAACUUAACCGGUGCACAGAUGGAAGCUGAUGGCAAGACCAAGAAGCUUAACAGUAAGAUGAGGAAGAAGUUGGAGUCUAACAAGGAAUACAUCAACAGAAAGAAGGAACUCAUGAGAAGGAGAGGCCGUACGAAGAGGAACGGCGAAAACGUCCUCACAUUUUUGCAUAAACAGCUCGUCAAAAAACAUGACCCUACUGGUAAAAGAUCUGCCUUGGUAGCCCCCGAUGGAUUAAGGGCGGGCGAUGUCAUAAGGGUUACCUACACCGACAGAACCAGCGUUCUUGGCCAGCUCAUUGGUAUCAAAAGAGGAAAUCACAACAUAGGUACAAACCUUCAUAUCAGAAACAAAAUGAACAGGAUUGGCGUUGAGAUGAGAGUGCCCUUGUUCAGCCCCAACAUCAAGAACAUUGAGCGUGUCUCACUGCCCAAGAAGUACCCCUCGAGAAAAAAGCACUACUACAUCAGAAACAAUCGUCUCGAUGUUGGCGAUUUGGAAAAUGCUCCAAAGCACAAGUUCGUCGAUUUUUCCACUGCCGAGUUUUCAUGCACACCAGAAUCUACUUUCUUAUCCAUGGAUACCCCAAUCGAAAAGUUCAUUGGAACGGCCAUGAGGAUCAAGUUGCUCGAUGAGCGGGCCAUCGAUGGGGUCCUUACGGUCGUUGACCCAUUUGGUAACUUGUUGCUCACAAAUCUGUACGAAAAUUCUCGAGACAAGAUCGAUCCAACGAGCAUCAGGAGAAGAGAAGUGGGUUUGGUUAGUGUCCCUAGAGACCAGAUAACGAAGGUCAUGAUUGACAAGCGCCAGAAGGGGAUCUUGGGAGACGAAUAG